CCUCUUAUCACUGUUAUACUAACCUUGUUCUCCGCCAACAUACAGUAGACGUGUCUGUUAGCGCCACCAGUAGCUGUCUGUCUGGAACUCUCCUGUUACACAAAUUCAAUCAGUAUUUCACAAGACUCCAUCAAAACCGACAACAACAAGGUGUUUGUUUUUUCAGUCGACCCCUGCCAGUAAAAGACAAGAUGGGGUGCUUCAGUAAAUGCGGCUUGAUACUGGUGAAUUUCUUCGUUAUAUGCCUGGGGCUAUCAGUGGUAGGAGCAGCAGCCGCCGUCCUCAACCAAGACACCAUAUUCGGGGCACUGUUGACCAAGGAGUUCUACACACUACCAAUCACUACCCUCAUGAUUGGCAUUUUCAUCACCUUGCUGGGGGUCCUUGGCUGCUGGGGCGCCAUCAAAGAGAACUCCUGCUUGCUCAUGACGUACGCGGUGAUCGUUUCGGUGCUGCUGAUAGGUAUGGUGGCCAUCGGCAUAGCUCUGAUGGUGUUCAUGUCUGGGUCUAGCGCCUACAUAGUGUCUAACAUGAAGAACAUCUACAACCAAUAUGGCGAGGAUGACAAAAAGCAACUGACAGCUGAUCUCGACGCUCUCCAACACACGUUACACUGCUGCGGUAUCAAUGGCUAUGAGGACUGGGCUCACUUCAAGUACGGGAAUGGUGUUAAUGUGGCUGACGGCUGCUGCAAGAACGAUACCGAGGGAUGCGGCCUCGGUGCCCUGCUGGACCCUCAUGUGCGGGAGGAGGUGUACCAGGUCGGGUGCCUUAGCUUCAUCACGGAGGCGUUCGGUGCUAUCUCCAUGAUGUUGGCCGUCCUCACCAUCAUCCUGGCCAGCGUACAGCUGUUGAGCGUUAUCUGGGCUUGUGUCCUGGCCCGGCGCUCCAACACGUAUGAGCAGCUGUAGAAGAUGACUACCUCUUAGUUACCCACUUUGGACUCGACCCAUACCUUCAAGACGCCAACUUACGAAUUCAGCAAGAAACUUCUUGCCACGACUUCAACCCAAAUAGUUAUCACUGCUUGGCGUCGGUAUCGCUCUUUGACUUACAGCGUGUCUCAUGCUAGAUGCUUAAAAAGGCAGAGGGCAAGAAUAGGUUUGCUCGCUUGGUCAGUCAGUCAGAGAAUCAGUUUCUGAGACUUUUAACUUGUGUGAAUCAAUUUAUGGAUCAUUUAACUAGUGUGUGUGUGUGUGUGUGUGUGUGUGUGUGUGUGUGUGUGUGUGUGUGUGUUUAACCUGUACAGUAAGCCAAUGAGUCAGUCACAGUUGGCAUUCAAAGAGCUGGCAAAAAAUAUAUAUAUAUAAAAAUACUGUACAAUAUACUUUUGAAAAUUAGAGGAAAUUUGUAAACCAUUUUUGUUUAAUACUUAAUGAAAAUUUUGUUGAUGUUUUGUUUCUCCACGGUAAUAAAUUAUUUCUGCUUUC